AUGUCGAAACAUAUUGUGGUAAGAGUUCUUCAAUAUUACCAAAAAUGCUGGAUUGAUGGUUUCACUCCGUUUUGGUUUAUAAUGUGCAUGGGCACGGGAAUAUCUGCUAAUAUUUUAUACAAAUUCCCAUAUAAAGGACAAUGGAUGAUACGAUGCUCUUACAUAUUCUUCGCCAUCGCAUGUAUUUUAUUCAUUUCAUUACAACUUAUCUCGUGGAUCCAAUUUCUACAAAAUGCCUUUAGUGGACCAAAGAGAAAGCUAUACUAUUGGAGGUGUUUCAGAAAUAUGAACAAUAAUGUUUUCUGGGGUACAUAUGCGAUGGGCCUUCAAACGAUAAUUAACUAUAUUUUCGUUAUUGCGACCUCAAAUUCAGUAAAAGACACAGAACAUGCAAAAAGAUUAAUGCAUAUGGUGUUUGUCCUUUGGUGGUAUGAUAUCUCUAUUUCCUUCAUAAUCGCAUGGGGCAUUACUUUCAUCAUCUGGAAGGACCAUAAUCAUUAUUUUGAAGAGACUGAGGAUUACGUAAGUGUACCAGAAAUUAAAACGAUGAGAGAGAAUUUACAAACAGUCCUUUUGCUUCCUGUAAUUACUUUAGUCGUCGCUUGCUCAUGCAGCGGCAUUUUCGCUAUGUCUGAUCUUUUCACUCAAUGUUACAACAGAAACGUGCAGUUAGUUACCUUAACAAUUACAUUUUUGGCGUGGUUGCAUGUUAUCGUAUUGGUUGCCAUCAUUAUGGCAAUAUAUGUUUGGAACCUAUAUGUGAAUAAACUCCCUCAAGAGAACAAGGUGUUUUCAUUGUUUCUAUGUUUAGGCCCCAUGGGCCAAGGUGCAUUUGGGAUCCUUUGGCUCACGAAAGAUGUCAAGAUUUAUAUCGACAUGUACUACAAAAUAGACCCCAAUGUUGAUUUAAAUGGCUACAUAGCAAAAGUUGCAGUUGGUUGCUGCUUUCAAAUAUUUGGCCUAUUAGCGUCACUAACAUUAUUGGGCACGGGAUUUUUCUUUACUUUCUUAGCAAUUCUUAGAAUAAUAACGUGCUUCAAACGCAAAACAGAGUUAUACAAAUACCAAAAAGCAUGGUGGAGCAUGACAUUUCCAUUAGGAACCAUGGCCAUCGGAUCCAUCGAGUUCUAUAUUCAAUUUGAUCCAUUGGUGCCCAUGUCUGCAUUUCGAGUCAUUAGCACAAUAUAUUCUGGUGCUUGCAUUAUUGUUACCUUAGCGUGUUUGAUAGGCACUAUUAUAACGGCUGCUAACGAGUUUUAUGAAUUUAUCUCCGAAGCAGACCUCUCCAGCCUUCCGACGCCCAAUUCACAUAACAAACCUAAUUCGGAGAGUCCUUCAUUUUCUCUUGCCUGA